AUGGCGCUAAUGGUGGACUCGGUGCCUGGGCAAUUUGAUGACGUCGAGGACGAAGACAGCCAAUCGCAAGCAGGCCACGUCUCACAAGAGGUCCCGCGUAACGAUAACGUCCAGGAAGACUGUGAAGAAAAUGACGAUGAAGACUUUGAGGAUGAUGAAGAUGACGACGAGUGGGUGUGGUCUUCCGCCGGAGGCGACUUGACCAAGCGUUACAACAGGAGCGCCAUUGCUCAGGCUAACAGACAGAAUCACACACUCGGAACCACGUCCAAAUUGACCGACAGAUCGCUGAGGAAGUUCGAACACAAGAUCAACUUGGAUCAACUUUGUUUGUCGGACUCCGUUCUCAACAGAGUGACGUCGAUGCAGAAGCAGAAGGAUGCCGACACGUACCGAGUGAAGGACAAAUCAGAUCGGGCCACUGUGGAACAGGUUUUGGACCCUCGAACGCGAAUGAUUCUCUUCAAGAUGUUGACUCGCGGGAUCAUCUCAGAAAUCAACGGCUGCAUCAGCACGGGCAAAGAGGCCAACGUCUAUCACGCCAGCACGGCCGGUGGAGAAAGUCGAGCCAUCAAAAUCUACAAAACCUCCAUCCUGCACUUCAAAGACCGAGACAAAUACGUCAGCGGUGAAUUCAGGUUCCGUCACGGUUACUGCAAAGGGAACCCCAGGAAGAUGGUGCGAACUUGGGCUGAGAAGGAGAUGAGGAACCUAAUCAGGUUGCAAACCGCCGGCAUCCUGAGUCCGGAACCCAUCCUGCUGAGGAGCCACGUUCUGCUCAUGGGCUUCAUCGGCAAAGACGACAGGCCCGCCCCGCUGCUGAAGAACGCCGACGUGUCCGAAUCCAAGGCCCGCGAGCUUUACUUGCAGGUGGUCCACAACAUGAGGAAGAUGUUCCAGGAUGCCAAAUUGGUUCACGCCGACCUCAGCGAGUUCAACAUGCUAUAUCACCACGGUGACGUUUAUAUCAUCGACGUGUCGCAGUCGGUGGAACAUGACCACCCGCAAGCCCUCAACUUUCUCAGGAAGGACUGCAGCAAUAUCAAUGAGUUUUUCGUCAAACGUGGUGUAGCGGCGAUGACCGUCCGAGAGCUUUUCGACUUCAUCACAGACCCGUCCAUCACCUGUAACAACAUGGAUCAGUACCUAGAGAAGAUGAUGGCCAUUGCGGCCGAGCGGACGUCGGCACAGCGCUCGGAUCGGGACCGAGUGGACGAGGAGGUGUUCAAGAAGGCGUACAUCCCGAGAACGCUCACCGAGGUCAGCCACUAUGAGCGCGACUAUCAAGUGAUCACCGCCAACGAGGAAGACGCGGCAAUCAGCGGAUGCGAGCAUGGAGUUCUGUAUCAGACGCUGACCGGGCUGAAGAAAGAUCUUUCUGGAGUUCAACUGGUUCCGGCUCUGCUCGAGGACGACGGCUCUUUGUCCUCAUCUUCGGAAGAGGAGGAGGAGGAAGGAGAAGAGGCUGGUCUGGCGCCACCCGGCGACUGCCACGACUCUUUGGACAAAAAGGAAAAGAAGAAGCUGGCCAAAGAAGCUCAGAGAGAAAAGAGAAAGUCCAAAGUCCCAAAACACGUUAAGAAGAGGAAGGAGAAAGUGGCCAAGACCAAGAAAGGAAGAUGA